UUACAGGAAAUAUUUUCAACUUAUUUUUUUCGAGUUUAGAGCUAUAAUUUUUUAAUAAAUAUUGAAUAAAAUAUAAAAAAAAUGGCUUCAGAACUUCCACCAACGUUGAAACAACUAUUUAAUUAUAUUGAUGACCAUAAAACAGAAUAUAUAAAUAAUUUACGGGAAGUAGUAGCUAUAAAAUCUGUCUCAGCAUGGCCAAAUCAUAGAAAUGAAGUAAUCAAGAUGAUGAAAUGGACAGAAAUCAAAUUGAAAAAUCUUGGAAUCAAUACAGAAUUAGUAGAUAUAGGAAAACAAGUUCUUCCCGAUGGAAAUCAAAUUCCUUUACCACCUGUUUUAUUAGGAACUUAUGGAUCUGAUCCUAAAAAAAAAACAGUUCUCAUAUAUGGACAUUUGGAUGUUCAACCUGCAUUAAAAGAAGAUGGUUGGGAUACUGAACCAUUUAUUCUUACUGAAAAAAAUGGUAAAUUAUUUGGACGUGGAAGUACAGAUGAUAAAGGUCCUGUACUUUGUUGGAUUCAUGUAUUACAAGCUUAUAAAGCUAUUGGAAUAGAUAUUCCUGUUAAUCUUAAGUUUGUCUUUGAAGGUAUGGAAGAAAGUGGUAGUGAAGGUUUAGAUGAACUUCUUUGGGCACGAAAAAAUACAUUUUUACAAAAUGUUGAUUAUAUAUGCAUUUCUGAUAAUUAUUGGUUGACUACUAAAAAACCUUGUAUUACGUAUGGUUUAAGAGGUAUUUGUUAUUUUCAUGUAGAAGUAAUUUGUGCUGAUAAAGAUAUGCAUAGUGGUACGUAUGGUGGAAUUUUGCAUGAAGCAAUGCCAGAUUUGAUAUAUUUGUUAAACACAUUAGUUGAUGUAAAUGGAAAAAUUUUAAUAGAUGAUAUUUAUGAUAAAGUUGAUAAAAUUCUAGAAAAAGAAUUAGAAUCUUAUAAAACAAUAGAAUUUGAUGUUGCUGAAUUCAGGGAUUCUAUUGGAAUUAAUAAAUUAGUUCAUAAUGAAGAUAAAAUUCAAAUUUUGAUGCAUCGAUGGAGAGAACCAAGUUUAUCUCUUCAUGGAAUAGAAGGUGCAUUUAGUGAACCAGGUGCAAAAACUGUUAUUCCAAGGAAAGUUAUUGGAAAGUUUUCAAUUAGAAUAGUGCCAAGUAUGACACCUGAAGAUACUGCAAAGAAAGUAACAGCAUAUUUAAAUAAAAAAUGGGCUGCUAGAGGUAGUCCAAAUACAUUUAAUGUUAAUAUGUAUCAUGGAGGAAAAACAUGGUCUGAAAAUCCUGAUCAUCCAAAUUAUUUGGCUGGUCGAAAAGCUAUUAAACAUGUUUAUAAUGUAGAACCUGACUUAUCACGUGAAGGAGGUUCUAUUCCAGUUACUUUGACAUUCCAAGAAACAACAGGCAAAAAUAUAAUACUUUUACCAGUUGGUGCUAGUGAUGAUGGAGCACAUUCUCAAAAUGAAAAAAUAAAUAUUUGUAAUUAUAUUGAAGGUACUAAGAUACUUGGAGCUUAUUUAUAUGAGAUAGCACAACUUCAACAUUAACAUUGCAUGCACAUACAUAUAUAUUAAAAAAAUAAUCAAAAUAUAAAUUUAUAUCGACGCA